AUGUGGAGGGAGUGCCUCUCCAUUCACAUCGGUCAGGCUGGCAUCCAGAUUGGGGACGCUUGCUGGGAACUCUAUUGCCUGGAACAUGGAAUCCAGCCCGAUGGCAUCAUUCUCAACAGUAAACAGGAUCAGCUGGAAAAUGCCAAGAUGGGGCCUGUGAAUGCAUCUUUCGAAACUUUCUUUUGUGAGACGAGAGCGGGGAAGCUUGUGCCCAGGGCCCUCUUCAUGGACUUGGAACCAACUGUGAUAGAUGGGAUCCGGACCGGGAGGCACCGUUCCCUCUUCCACUCCGAGCAGCUCCUCGGCGGGAAGGAGGACGCAGCCAACAACUACGCCCGUGGGCACUACUCUGUGGGGCCUGAGCUCAUCGACCUGGUGCUGGAGAGGACCCGGAAGCUGGCAAAGCUGUGCAGCGGACUCCAGGGAUUUUUGAUUUUUCGAAGCUUUGGAGGUGGCACGGGAUCAGGAUUCACGUCCCUCCUGAUGGAGCGGCUCUCGGCAGAGUACGGCAGGAAGACUAAACUGGAGUUCUCUGUCUACCCGGCCCCCAGCAUCUGCACGGCCGUGGUGGAGCCGUACAAUGCCGUGCUCACCACCCACUCCACCCUGGAGCAUUUGGACUGCGCCUUCAUGGUGGACAACCAGGCCCUCUACGGCAUGUGUCCCCGCGAGCUUGGCGCCGAGCGCCGCUCCUACACCAGCAUUAACCGACUGAUGGUCCAGGCAGUGUCUUCCAUCACCGCUUCCCUCCGGUUUCAAGGGCCCUUGAACGUGGACCUGAUCGAAUUUCAGACCAACCUGGUGCCCUAUCCGAAAAUACAUUUCCCUAUGACAGCCUUUGCUCCCGUCGUCCCUGCUAACAAGGCCUUCCACGAGCAUUUCUCUGUUGAGGACAUCACCGCCGCCUGCUUCCAGCCCUCCAGCCAGCUGGUGGAGUGUGACCCUCGGCGUGGCAGGUACAUGGCCUGCUGCCUGCUCUACAGAGGGGACGUGGUCCCCAAGGAGGUGAACGCAGCCAUCACAGCCGUGAAGUCGAGGAACUCUGUCCGGUUUGUAGAUUGGUGCCCGACUGGUUUCAAGGUGGGAAUCAACAGUCAGCCACCCGCGGUGAUGCCGGGAGGGGACCUGGCUAGUGUCCAGCGGGCCGUCUGCAUGCUGAGCAAUAGCACGGCCAUCAUGGAGGCCUGGGCCCGCCUGGACCACAAGUUUGAUCUCAUGUACGCCAAGAGGGCGUUUCUGCACUGGUACCUCAGGGAAGGCAUGGAGGAGGGUGAGUUCUUGGAGGCCAGGGAGGACCUGGCAGCCCUAGAGAGGGACUACCAGGAGGUGGGGCAGAGCUUCUCCUGCAAGGACGGCUUGCGGAAAUGA